AUGGCGGCGCUCUGGGGCGGCGGCGCGGGAUAUGCCGGUGCUGGGGGGACCCUCCCUCUGCGAAGUGGCUCGGAGUCUGAGUAUUUACUGGCAGAGGAAUUAGACUUGGCAGCAUUGGAGGAAGAAACCAUGCUUGAUGCAGGAGAGUUACUGGAAACAAUGCAAGGCUACUUAGAUUCUUCUGUCAUCUCCAUCAUUGAGGAUAUCAGCAACCGGACAGAGACUAAAGGCCGAAUGGAUGCAGAGAAUGAGCUUUCCCUGUUGACUGCAAUCACAGAUAUUCUGGACAGCACAGAUGAUGAGUCCCUGUCCCCUUUUGACACUAUUCCUGACUCUGAAUUGCUGACAUCACCCAGGGAUCGUGAUAAUUCUUCGUUUCAGAGAUUUCUCAACUUGACUGUGACACCCCCUGAGGAAAACUUACACACCAUAGAGGAUUUCCAGGAGCCUAGACUUUGCACCCUCAUGACAGAGAAGGUUGAAGCCAGCACUGCCAGCCUGCCCUUGGCACUGACUCCUAGUUGUCCCAAGGACUCAGCUGCUUCAAAGAAACCCAAUAGCAAAGCACCCUGGGGGGAACGGAGGCUGUUCUGGCAUAGGGAACGAGAGCCACCGGUGCUGCAACGCAGUGAUGGGGAGGAAGAGGAAGAAGAGGAGGCAGCAGCAGGCUGCAGGCAGGGAUUCGUGGCAGGUGUGAAGGAGAUCCCUGCAGCAGCAGCAAAGGAGUCUGAGAGAGACCUGGGUGAAAGUGACGGCCCCUAUAUCAUUGCCCCGGAGAGUAUCUCCCUCAGUGAGCUGGUUAAGUCGAUGCACCCUUAUUGCCAGCCCACCAUCACUGUGUGCCUGAGUCCUGAGAGCCAGCCCCUGGCUGAAGAGCUUCUUGCUGGUCCCAUUGUCUUGGAGAUAGUGCCGGAUGAUGGAGAGAGCAUGGCGAUCCCAGUGGUCCUGCAGAACAUGGAGGUGGAGCGCCCAUGCCAAACUGAGAGCAGCUGCACAGCUGACCAUGUGGAUAAAGAGGCAGGACUCUUGGCCCCUGCCCUGGAAAAAGCAUCACCGGAAGGCAAUACAGGCCGGGACAGAGAGCUUGACUUGGGCAAAGAAGCAGAGGGGGUCGGCAGGGCUGCCCUCCCAAAGCUAGAAGAUGCUCAUCCACGGGCAGAGGAGGAAGCUUCGAAAUCAGCAUAUGAGGAAAAGGAUAGAUCUGAGCCAGGCCCAGUUGCACCCAGAAAUGUAAAGUUCAGUGCCUUGGAGAAGGGUCAGACACGUGGACGCACCAAGAAGAGGAAGGAAAAAACCAGCAAGGAAACGAAGUGGCAGAAGGAGGCCAUAAACUGCAGGCCAGUUUCUCCCUGUGCUGAAGACCAUCCCAGAACUAAAACGAGCAGCUCUUUGCCAGAUCCUGACUUUCCAGCAAAGCAGCUGGGGAAAGCUGGGGGCCAAGGGCAGGAUGAGCUGCUCCCAGACCAAGCAUCCCAGGCAAUGGAAAGCCGGGACACUCAGGUGGAGGAAUUGCUGAAGUGUGAGACAAAUCUAGGGCUUAAAAACCCACCAACGCCAAGCUUGGGAAGUGCAGGGGCUGUGCCGUGCACAGGGGAGCAGUUAUCUACUCAUCACCAGGGCAGUGCAGACACAACGGCUACAGACCAGGGGGUUCUGCAGAGGGAGCCCUUGAAAGAGAUGGCUCACCCAGAAGAGUCCCAGUUCCUCCCUGGCAGCGCUAUGGAUCUUGCAGGGCAGCCUCCGAGGAGCCCCCUCUGCACCAGUAAUGAGGAGGUCAGCUGCCCCCCAAAGGAAGCCAAGCCCAGGCCUCUGAGCCUGAGUGAAUACAGGCAGCGCCGACAACAGCACCAAUCUAGUGAUGGGAGCAUCAGGGGCGCAGCGGAGAACCAGAGUGCCAGCAAGUGGCCCAGCCUCCCUGAGCUCCCCACAGAGCUGGCCGACCUUCCUUGCCUCAUAGUCCCUCCACCACCACUGCCCACCAAAGUUGCUGUGUCCGGACAGGCAAAGGAGCCUGAGAAGCCUGCCGGCUCCUCCAGUCCUCCUGACCCCGCUGCUGGCAAAGCCAGUGCCCUGCCCCUCUCCAUGCCGCCCCACGCUGGCCCUCCUGUGCCGAUGCCUUCUCCUGCUCUGAAGCUUGGCUGUGUGAGCUCUGCUGCUCCUACCACCCCCGUCCCUGCUGUGGCCCCACUGCCUAGUACAGUAGGUGCCUUCCCCCCUGUGGGAGUGCAAGUGCCCCCAACACUGCCCCCACCCUUCCUCCCCCCAGCCCCAGGGGCUUUCCUGCCGACCCCUCCCGAUUCCUACAUCUUGGGCCCACCGCUGCCACCAGUGCCUUCCUGGUCUCACUUUGCCCCUUUGCCAGCCAGCUACCAAAGCUUGCCGCCUCCACCUCUUGCCCCCGAGGCGUGCCCGCCUGUCUUCCAUGCAGUUCCUCCUGUACCCCCUCCCACCUGGCCUCCCCCACCUGUUUCCUUGCCGCCUUUUGCCCCGGGCCUGCCUUAUGGCUCCGUAGAGUGGGCUCCAGGGCCACAGCCUCCGUACUGGGCUGGUAUCCCGGUUCCGCCUCCAAUGUUGCCCAUCCCGUAUGGGGAUCGCGGAGCUCUCAUGCAGAGCCCCCCAGUUGGCACCUUGGCUGCCCCAUCUCUGGCCGAGGGGACACCCGGCCAUCCGAGUACAGCUUUGACACUAGAACCUUCUCACUUCUGGGUGCAGAGCAUGGCAGCCAGUGAGCAACCAGGCCUGCCUGCCCCAGGACCCCAAGUGCAAGUCCCUUCUGCAGUCAAGGCUGCCCCCAGAAGAGUGUCUGACCCAAGGAGGCAAGCACAGCCCUCUGCUGCUGAAUCCAAAGUGGGGGGGACUCCAAGCAGUUCCCAGUCAUUAGAGAAGCUGCCUUCUCCCCCAUCAAUUGUUGAGCCUUCAGCAUUGACUGGGCAUAUCGAGAAGAGCUCCAACCCCCAGUCUUUAGGGGAGCCCCAUUCUGUGCCUGCUUCCCACCAAGGCAGGGAUCUUGCUGGCACACAGAAAUCCUCCAAAGAUCCCUUCUUUUCACCUGCUUUCGAACCGGCAGGGCAAGCCCUGGCUCUCUCUGACCCUGUGGAGAAAACGUUUGCUAUACCGGCUGCCGCUCAGAGUGCCAAAGAGGCUUCUCCUGCUUCCCAGCCACAAGAAGAGGCACGCUCUUCUCUUCCAGCCACCUCGGUGCCAGAAAAGCUAAUGGUGCCAAUUAAAAUGGAUGCAGAUAUUAAGGAAGUUGCCCCAACAGUUUCCAGGUCAUCUCUGCCCCGGAGGGCACACGAAGCUGGCCAGCUUUCCAGGAAACCAACACAUACGUGGAAACACCAGCCUCUCAUCAACAUUGCACAGUGCAGCCGCAAUAAAGACAUUGUCCAAGCUUUUAUCAAUGAGAUUGGAAUCGAGGCCUCUGAUCUGUCCAGCCUCCUAGAACAAUUUGAAAAGACAGAAGCCAAAAAGGAAGCUUCUAGUGUGGCAAAGUCCAAGGAAAAUGUGGCAACAGAGAAUGUUGGCUCCGAGGCACAGCGGGAAAAGAAAACGGUGGACCGGCUUCAGGCGCCAGAGCUCACCAAUGUUGCAGGCCUGACCCCUCCGGCCACUCCACCCCAUCAGCUGUGGAAACCUUUGGCAGCCAUCUCGCUGCUGGGGAAGGCUGGCUCCCCCAAAGGAGCCAGGCUCUUGAAAUCCCUGAGCAAACCUCCCAGAAAAGCUCCAGCCCCUGUUCAUGUUGGCUCUGGUGAGCAUGACUACUGUCAGCUCAGUGCAGUCCAGCCCAAGGGAUGCGCCCGGUGGAAUGUCAAACACAACUUGGAUAUCGGUAUUAGUCCUGUCAAGGCCCUGGCAAAACAAGCGCCAGAUCAACCUGCUACGAGCCAGCCUCCUGCUACUUCCAGAGUGGACCCUGUAGGCACCCUUGGUUUGGCUGCUGCCUGCCAGAAUCCAAAAGAGGCUCCAAACCCUGUUCAUUCUAGCCAGGGCCAGAUCAAAGUCUCUAGUCCUAUUCCAGCCAGCUUGGGCCCUGUCACGUCACAGUUGCCACUGCUAGAGAGCAGCCUCGUAUGCCCACAUAAAGAGCCGUUGGACCACCGGACUAAUACACCAAGGUCAGUGAGUAGGGGCAACGAUGACCCAUGCUCUGUACUGCUGUCUCCAGCUGCAUCCCCCUGCCGGGAUGCUGAAGAACCAACAUUGCAGCAACCUCAGGAGGUUCAGCAGAAGUGUCUGGCUUCCAAACGCUCCUUGAGAUGCUACCGGGGAAGACAGAAGUUAGUCAGUCCCCAGAAGAGCAGCUGGAGAGGCCGACGAAACCAUGCUAGCCCAUCCUCCAGCUCCAGUGGAGACAGUGACUCCUCUUCCUCCUCCUCCUCUUCUUCCUCUUCCUCCUCCUCACGGUCACGGUCACGCUCUCGCUCUCCCCCGUCAAAGCGUUGGCGAAGAUGUCGCACACGAAGUUCCAGCUCCUCUUCCUGUGAAAGUUCAUGGAGUCGGUCAAGGAGCAGGUCCUCGUGUUCCUCCUACUUGUCCAGAUCAUCCUCCCACUCCCACCACAGAAGAAGUAGCUGCAGGAAAAGAUACGAUUCCAGCAGUUCCCGAGAGCGUUACCAAAGGCAGAAAAACCGAUACAAAGACCGUGCAAUAGAAGAGCGGCGGGUGGUCUUCAUCGGGAAGAUCCCCAGCAAGAUGACCCGUUCAGAGCUGCGGCACCGUUUCUCUGAGUUUGGGGACAUUGAGGACUGCACACUGCACUUCCGGGAGCAGGGGGAUAACUAUGGCUUUGUGACGUACCGCUAUGCAGAGGAGGCCUUUGCUGCCAUAGAGGGUGGAAAUGCGCUGCGUCGCCCUGAUGAGCAGCCCUUUGACCUGUGCUUUGGAGGGCGCCGGCAGUUCUGUAAAAGGAACUACGCUGACUUGGAUUCUAACCGAGAUGACUUUGAGCCUGCCCCUGCGAAGAACAAAUUUGACUCCCUUGACUUCGACACCUUAUUGAAGCAGGCUCAGCGGAGUCUGCGGAGGUAACGCUGGCUCUCCCGGGUUCAUUGCCCGGUAGGCAUUUUGCCUACACCAGCCUUACCUCAGAUUGGCUGCAGAGGCAGGUGCGCCCUGAGGCUUAGCUGCUAUGUCCAGCGUGGUUUUGUAAUGAAAGAUGACAAAAAAUCCCAUAAAUAAUUUUUAUCCUGUUUUCUAGGGACUAUUUAAGGGGAAAGACACUUUGUUUAACAGUGGAGGCAUGAAUGGGAAAACACCAACCGCCUUCAGUCCGUUUAAUCACUAUGCAGACAAUAAACUUCAACC